UUAUAUAUUUUAAUCGUUGGUCCUACUGCGACAUGUAAAAGUCUGCACAGAUUUUACUACCGUAACACACAAGGCUAAAUUGGACACAGUCUUUAAUUUAACUUUUUUUUUACCCAACUUAUUACAAAAGUUUACGAAUCACUUUAUCGCGGUUGCGAUAAAAAGUGUAUAGUUGAGUUUUUCAUAAUAAAUUUAUUAUAUAAUUAUUCAUAAUUGAUUCUUUAACAAAUAACAACGUUGUAAUGGCGUUAAAUCCGUCGUACGAAGCAAUCGGCGAGGGUUUCGUUCGUCAAUAUUAUGCACUUUUUGACGAUCCCGCUCAAAGGCCGAAUUUAGUUAAUCUAUAUAGUGCGGAGUCAUCAUUCAUGACAUUCGAAGGCCAGCAGAUCCAAGGAGGCACCAAGAUUAUGGAAAAAUUAAACAGUUUGGGUUUCCAAAAAAUAAAUCGUGUGAUCACGGCUAUUGAUUCUCAGCCAAUGUUCGAUGGUGGAGUACUGAUCAGUGUCCUUGGAAGAUUGAAGACCGAUGAUGAUCAGCCCCAUGCGUAUGUCCAGACUUUUGUCCUGUCGCCUAUUGGCACCAGCUUUUUCGUGCAGCACGACAUCUUCAGACUCGGGUUGCACAACAGUGUCUAGGCUAUAAAUAUUUUUGAUCGUCCAAUGAUCAUUAUGAAUCGUGACUGAUGACGAUCCUCCACACAUGUACUACCAGACGUUUGUGCUGAAGCCACUGGCAAAUUCGUUCUUCUGCCAGCACGAUAUGUUCCGUCUUGGUAUCCACGACGUUGCAUAAGAAGAACAGAAGUUAUAAGAUUGAUUUUUAAUAAAAAAAAAAAAAAAAAAAAAAGAAAAAAA